GGGAAGGGGAUGCCCCCAAGGGUGCCAGACCAGCCAGCUGCCCUGCCCCUCAGGCCCGGCCUGGCCCCCGAGCAUCCCACUCUGGUACCCCAAGCAACUCUGUGGGCAGGCAGUCCCCGCUAUGGCCGAGCAUCUGGAGCUGCUGGCAGAGAUGCCCAUGGUGGGCAGGAUGAGCACACAGGAGCGGCUGAAGCAUGCCCAGAAGCGACGUGCCCAGCAGGUGAAGAUGUGGGCCCAGGCUGAGAAGGAAGCCCAGGGCAAGAAGGGCCAGGGGUGUCGGCCCCGGAAAGAGACAACUGGCCAAGGGCCCCAGAAGCAGGUCCUCUUCCCUCCCAGUGUUGCCCUUCUGGAGGCCGCUGCCCGAAAUGACCUGGAAGAAGUCCGCCAGUUCCUCAGGAAUGGGGUCAGCCCUGACCUGGCCAAUGAGGAUGGCCUGACAGCACUGCACCAGUGCUGUAUUGAUGACUUCCGUGAGAUGGUGCAACAGCUCCUGGAGGCUGGAGCCAACGUCAACGCCUGCGACAGUGAGUGCUGGACACCUUUGCAUGCUGCGGCCACCUGCGGCCACCUGCACCUGGUGGAGCUGCUCAUUGCCCGUGGCGCCAAUCUCCUGGCGGUCAACACUGAUGGGAACAUGCCCUAUGACCUGUGUGAGGAUGAGCAGACGCUGGACUGCCUCGAGACUGCCAUGGCUAACCGUGGCAUCACCCAGGACAGCAUCGAGGGUGCCCGGGCUGUGCCAGAGCUGCGUAUGCUGGACGACAUCCAGAACCUAUUGGGGACUGGAGAAGAUCUGAAUGCCCCCCUGGACCAUGGGGCCACACUGCUGCACAUUGCUGCUGCCAAUGGGUUCAGUGAAGCAGCUGCCCUGCUGCUGGAGCACAGAGCCAGCCUGAGCACCAAGGACCAGGAUGGCUGGGAGCCACUGCAUGCUGCAGCCUACUGGGGCCAGGUGCACCUGGUGGAGCUGCUUGUGGCACAUGGAGCUGACCUGAAUGCAAAGUCCCUGAUGGAGGAGACCCCCCUUGACUUGUGCGGGGACGAGGAGGUGCGGGCCAAGCUGUUGGAGCUGAAGCACAAGCACGACGCUCUCCUGCGUGCCCAGGGCCGCCAGCGCUCCCUGCUGCGCCGCCGCACCUCCAGCGCAGGCAGCCGCGGGAAGGUGGUGAGGCGGGUGAGCCUAACCCAGCGCACCAACCUGUACCGCAAGGAGCAUGCCCAGGAGGCCAUCGUGUGGCAACAGCCACCGCCCACCAGCCCAGAGCCACCUGAAGAUGAUGAGGACCGCCAGACUGAUGCAGAGCUUGAACCGCCUCUCCCAGAGGAGGACAGCCCGGAGGUGGCCAGGCCACACAAUGGCCGAGUAGGGGGCUCUCCAGGGCCGCACCUAUACUCCAAGCGACUGGACCGGUGUGUCUCCUACCAGCUGAGCCCUCUGGAGAGCACUACUUCCCACGCCCUUGUCCGGGACAAGGCCCACCACACCCUGGCAGACCUUAAGCGCCAGCGAGCUGCUGCCAAGCUGCAGCGACCCCCACCCGAGGGGCCCGAGGCCCCUGAGUCUGGUCUGCCUGCUGACAUCGAGACCCCCCAGCCUGAAUGUGGUUUCAGGGCAGGUGGGGACCCACCCCUGCUCAAGCUCACAGCCCCAUCCGAGGAGGCUCCCAUGGAGAAGAAGCCAUGCUGCCUGCUCAUGUGAGAGGCUGUUGCCUCAAGGUGCAGAGGUCCUGUCCCAAGGCUCAGCCUGAGGUUGCCUCGCCACAGCUCCUGCCUUGAAGGCCCACCCCCAAAGUGUGCCCUGGUGCUGCAGGUGGGCAGUAUGGAGUCCCCCCUGGCUUCCACCAUCCAGGACACUGGCCUCCUCACUCAGGGAUGGACCUGUGUCAGAAGACAUGCCCGGGGGCAUCUGGCUGCAAAGACUAUUUUUAUCCUAUGACUCUUGAUAAAGGGCUGUUUUGCCACCAA